CCCUCUCCGCAUUCCAAUCAAUCCAAACCCUAGAGCCAACACCGACGAUGUCCUCCGCUUCGUCUUCCUCUCCGGACUCGCCGGAGCUCCGGAAGGACCACAUUUUCAAUCGCUGGGUCAUUUUCUCUUCGGCGAGGUCCCGCCGUCCCUCUGAUCUCAAAGUUCACUCCCCUACCUCGAACCCUAACCCUAAAUCUAACACCUCGUGCCCCUUCUGCGCCGGCCAUGAGGACGAAUGCGCCCCGGAGAUCUUCCGAGUCCCCGCUGGGUCCUCCGUCGCCGGUUGGAAGGUCCGCGUUAUUGAGAACCUAUACCCGGCGCUUCGGCGUGAAUUGGAGCCCCCGAAUUCUGGUUCUGAUGUGGUGUGUAUGAGGGGCUUUGGGUUCCAUGAUGUGGUAAUUGAGACGCCGUCUCACAAUGUUCGUUUGCCGGAUUUAUCGGAUUCGGAGAUCAAGGAAGUUGUGUUGGCAUUCAAAGAGCGGAUUGAGCAGCUAAGGAGAGUUGGAUCGAUUAAGUACGUACAGGUUUUCAAGAACUAUGGUGCAACAGCUGGAGCGUCACUGAGCCAUUCACAUAGCCAGAUCAUCGGUCUUCCAAUUGUUCCUCCUAUGGUUUCUACCAGGUUGGAUAGCAUGAAGGAGUAUUUUGAUAGGACUGGGAAAUGUGGUCUUUGUGAUAUUCAACUCAAGAAGAUUUUGAUAGAUGAGUCCUCCCAUUUUUACGCAAUUGUUCCUUUUGCUGCUUCAAAUCCGUUUGAAAUCUGGAUUGUUCCUAGGAAGCAUGCCUCUCAUUUCUACGAGAUAGAUGAUGAAAGGGCAGCCGAUUUCGGUUGUCUGUUGAAGCUCAUGCUGCUCAAGUUGACAUUGCAGCUUAAUGACCCGCCUUUUAACUUCAUGAUCCACACUGCACCAUUUGAGCUGCCAUUGUCAUCCUCCCAUUCUACUCAUUGGUUCCUACAAAUUGUUCCUCAGUUACACGUUAUCGGAGGAUUUGAGACCGGAACUGCUUGUUAUAUCAAUGCUGUCUUCCCAGAGGAUGCUGCCAAGAUCCUGAGGGAAGUGAAGACCCACAAGUAACAUUUAACAAUUUUUGCAACUUUUUAGCCCCCAAUUAAUCAUCAUUAAAGGGCCCAUUAAUAAAUGAGGAGUAUCAGUUUAUGGUGGCUUUUACUCAAUUUAUACCUAAAUAUCAUGUUGAUGAAUAAUUUCUGAGGGCCAUGGCUUGCCAUUGUUCUUAAUCUUUA